GCGCCGCCUCCCGGCUCGGGCCUCCGCUUCCCGCCCCGCCCCCGUCCUCCAGUUUGGCGUCUCCCAGCCCGACGCGCCCCGCUCUCAUCACGUGAUUGCCUCAUCCGGGUCCUUUGCGUUCUCUCUCCCUCUCCCAACAUGGCGGCCUCAGCAAAAAAGAAGAAUAAGAAGGGGAAGACUAUCUCCCUAACAGACUUUCUGGCUGAGGAUGGGGGGACUGGUGGAGGAACCACCUACAUCCCCAAACCCGUCAGCUGGGCUGACGAAACAGACGACCUGGAAGGAGAUGUUUCCACUACGUGGCACAGCAACGAUGACGAUGUGUACAGGGCACCUCCAAUUGACCGUUCUAUCCUUCCCACCGCUCCACGGGCUGCUCGGGAACCCAAUAUCGACCGGAGCCGUCUUCCCAAGUCGCCACCCUACACUGCUUUCCUAGGGAACCUGCCCUAUGAUGUAACAGAAGACUCCAUUAAGGAAUUCUUCAGGGGAUUAAAUAUUAGUGCAGUGCGUUUACCUCGUGAACCCAGCAACCCAGAGAGGCUGAAAGGUUUUGGCUAUGCCGAGUUUGAGGACCUGGAUUCCCUGCUCAGUGCCCUGAGCCUCAAUGAAGAGUCUUUAGGUAACAGGAGAAUCCGAGUGGAUGUUGCCGAUCAAGCACAGGAUAAAGACAGGGAUGACCGUUCCUUUGGCCGAGAUAGAAAUCGGGAUUCUGACAAAACAGACACGGACUGGAGGGCCCGUCCUGCCCAGGACAGCAUGGACGACUACCCGCCCCGAAGAGGCGACGACAGCUUCGGAGACAAGUAUCGGGAUCGUUACGAUUCGGACCGGUACCGGGACGGAUACCGGGAUGGAUACCGGGACGGCCCACGCCGGGACAUGGAUCGCUACGGUGGCCGGGAUCGCUACGAUGACCGAGGGAGCAGAGACUAUGAUCGAGGCUAUGAUUCCAGGCUAGGCAGUGGCAGAAGAGCAUUUGGUAGUGGGUACCGCAGGGACGAUGACUACAGGGGAGGCGGGGACCGCUACGAAGACCGCUAUGACAGACGGGACGACCGGUCGUGGGGCUCCAGAGACGAUUACUCCCGGGAUGAUUACAGGCGGGAGGACCGAGGUCCCCCCCAAAGACCCAAACUGAAUCUAAAGCCUCGGAGUACUCCAAAGGAAGACGAUUCCUCUGCUGGCACCUCUCAGUCCAGUCGGGCAGCUUCUAUCUUUGGAGGGGCAAAGCCUGUCGACACAGCUGCUAGAGAAAGAGAGGUAGAAGAACGGCUGCAGAAGGAGCAAGAGAAGCUGCAGCGUCAGCUGGAUGAGCCCAAACUGGAACGGCGGCCUCGGGAGAGACACCCGAGCUGGCGAAGUGAAGAAACUCAGGAACGAGAACGGUCGAGGACAGGAAGUGAGUCAUCACAGACUGGGUCUUCAGCCACCUCUGGCAGAAAUGCACGGAGGAGAGAGAGUGAGAAGUCUGUAGAGAAUGAAACACUCAGUAAGGAGGAGGAUUGUCACUCUCCAACUUCUAAGCCUCCCAAAGCCGAUCAGCCCCUAAAGGUAAUGCCAGCCCCUCCGCCAAAGGAGAACGCUUGGGUGAAGCGGAGUUCUAACCCUCCUGCUCGAUCUCCAAGCACAGACCCAGAGCAGCAGUCCCCUACCAGUGUUGGGGGGAAAGUGGCCGCAGCUCAGCCAUCCGAGGAGGGACCAGCAAGGAAAGAUGAAAACAAAGUAGAUGGGAUGAGUGCACCCAAAGGCCAAGGUGGGAACUCAAGCCGCGGUCCAGGAGAUGGCGGGAACAGAGAGCACUGGAAGGAGUCAGACAGAAAAGAUGGCAAAAAGGAACAAGAUGCCAGAUCUGCACCUGAGCCAAAGAAACCUGAAGAAAGUCCAGCCUCUAAAUUCAGUUCUGCAAGCAAGUAUGCCGCGCUCUCUGUGGAUGGGGAAGACGACAACGAGGGGGAAGACACCGAAUAGCCCGCGACACCUGGGCGCUCUCCUACUCUCUCCACCCUGGAACACUCGAGAGCAAAUCAAACCUCUAUCCAGACAAGACAAAAUAAAACUCACCAUCUCCUGGA